GAGUUGUGCCUGCCAGGCUGGCGUUUCUCCAUGACCAUGGUGGCCAGUUUCCUCAUGGUGGGCGGGCAGCUGGUGAUGCCCGGGGUGGCGGCUCUGUGUCGUGAUUGGCCCGCCCGGGAUGAUUGGCAGGUCCUGCAGAUUUUCAUAAUCUGCCCCUUUGUCCUCAUGCUGCCCUACAUCUGGAUCUUCCCUGAGUCCCUGCGUUGGCUCCUGGCCACCCAGCACUACCACCGCUCUAAAGCUAUGAUGCUCUGCAUCGCCAGGAAGAACCAGGUCGACAUGACAACCGAGCACAGUGGCGUUCUAACAGAGCUGGAGCAUGAGCUGCAUAAGAAGCCAAAGAGGACCUGCAUCGUCAAGAUGACCAGCACCAGAAACCUGUGGAAGAACAUCGUCGUGCUCUGUGUCAACUCGUUGACUGGGUACGGUAUCCACCACUGUUUUGCCCGCAGUAUGAUGGACCCGGAGGCUCCUGUGUCGGCCAUGUUUCACGCUGACUACUACACUAUGGCUGGCAUCGCCGUAGCGACGUGCCUGGCGCUGUGUCCGGCCGUGGCAUUCAUGGGUCGUCGGGGCGGACUGCUCACCUUCAUGAUCAUCACCGCCCUGGCAUCACUGUUGCAGUUGGGUCUGCUCAACUUGAUUGGCAAGUACAGCCUUCGCCAUGACACAGUUCUGAGGGACACGCUAAACAGGAAGUUCUCUGUGGCAUUCUCCAUCAUUGGAAUGUUCUCCUCUCAUGCCGUCAGCACCCUCAGCAUCUUCUUCUGCGCUGAGAUCACUCCCACCGUCAUCAGGGGUGGUGGUCUGGGCCUGGUCCUGGCCAGUGCUGGCUUCGGCAUGCUGACAGCCCCCAUCAUGGAGCUCCACAACCAGAAGGGCUACUUCCUGCAUCACAUGAUCUUCGCUGCCUGCACCCUGCUGUGCAUCAUCUGUCUCCUACUGCUGCCCGAGCCGCGCAACCAGCCCCUGCCAGAGAGCCUCGCGGAUGGGGAGAGCUACACUCGCCAGCCCCUCCUCACCCACCGGCCUGGAGAGCAGCACCUCCUUCUCACCAAGCCUGGGGAUAGGGACUUAUACUCCCGGGUCCACGACACGCCGCGGCAUCUUACGGCCACCGGGGGCGGCACAACAGCAGCGGCUACUGCUCAUGCAGCAGUGCCGACAUUGUAUGUUACCGGAGGGGGGGUGAUCAGUAAUAUUAUGGUGUCAAAUGGGGUGGGAGGGUCGUCGUAGCAGCAGACACACACUCCUCUCUGACACACACAGACAGAGGAUAGGACAAGACUGUGCUGUAGGGAUGGCAGGGACUGUCCCAAAUAAACUGUCCCACUCCUGGUCACUGUCAUGACUGACCUGGUCUGAUGUGAUCAUGCAGUCAGGAGAACAUGGAAUAAUUCCGCUUGUCAGAUUCUUCCAUGAGGAACUCUUUAAUUUGAAAACAUUCCCAUUCUGGUGGGUUUAAUGAACAUAUUAUCCCUCUCAUUAGACUUAUGAUGCGAUCUCUCCACGUUGUGUUAGUCUGAAAGGGGAAAAUUGAGCUUCCCCAAUCAUGGACAUCCAAGAUUUGGACAAAAUAAAAAACGAAUUACUAUUCAGAUGCCCCAGGAGGGCAUCAAUGGUUGGAUUUAAAUGGGUCGUAAUGUAAUAUGGUGAUGGGUUAGCCUGUAGAGUAGUGAUUCUCUGUGUCCUGAAUGUCACCAUAUUCCCUAUAUAGUGUACUGCUUUUGACCAGGGCCUGCAUAGUGCACUACUCAUGACCCGAGGCCUAUCUAUAGGGAAUAGGGUACUAUUUUGGACACUCAAUAUGAUUUAGUAAGACUUUGAGGGCUUGCAAUAGAACAGGAUCUUGGAACAAAAUAUGGGAAAGUAUGUCUUUGCAAUUAACUGAAACUCAUUACAAUGACUUACAUGCAUUAGUGCCCAUAGGGUAGUUGUUGCCAAGGGUUGUCAGUGUGUAGAAUGAGCAGCAUGGUUCCAUGCUGAGGAGGGAUGUCAUGGUGUCUGUAAGUUAUCAGCAGAGUAGUGUACUCAAACCGCAUAGAGACAAAUGUAUAGAGCAGCAGAACAGACACUGUAUUCUAUAUUUCAUUUGAAACGUCAUGGCUUUCAACAGUGAUGUGUGCUCUAUGCAUUUAAUUUCCCUCUACUUAUUUUUUUUUUGCACUAAAAUUCAAAGUUAAAUCAAAUGUAAUAAAAUAUUUGUCAGCCAACUUGUUUUAGGUGAAACUGCUGCGCUCUAAAUUGAAUAAAAGGGUAGGCCUAUAUACUGUUGCCUACCUGAUGGGUUUAUUUAUGAAUUUGUGCCUCCCACCCCCGUCAAAAGUCCAAGUUGGCACUUUAUGCUUAGUAUAGGAGUGGAAUCACUAUGAUGACUUUAGAAAACAGAGUAUUGCUUCCCCCAUGUAAUGUUGGUGAAUGAUGGUUGUCAACACAAUGCUAUGUGAGUGACAGUCGGAAACCUAAAAACUGUGAUGGAAAAGGAUUUGAACUUGACCUUUUCAUGGUGUUUUUAUUUCCGUAUUCUAUGGUGUUGAGUGGACAAUACUAGUUAGUUACUAGUAUGUGCAGAAUAUGUCCCAAAUAGCACCCUAUUUACUACAUAGUGCACUACUUGGUCAAAUGUAGUGCACUACAUAGGGAAUAGGGUACAAUUUGAGAUUGAGCCUGUUUCCACUAUGAAACAUAUGUUUCUGAAUGGCUUUAUCAUGAUGGUUCUUUUGUUUAAAAAUAAAAUUAAAAUGGGACAGGCUACUUUGAAAGAAUCGUUCAGUAAUUCAGUAUUUAUUUUUGUCAUGUUGCCAAGGGCAUUCUUGUUGCUUGAAAUACCUUUAAUUUACCUAAUUCUGACCUUUCCUGUCCCUGUUCUCAACACUGUGGUAAAUAAUGUUAGUAGUAUAUUGGUGUUUUUAGGACUUGUUUCAACCCGUCUCUUUAGCACGGUUAAAUAAUGGCUGGCCAUGCCACGAAGCACAAUGUCUAUCAGGGUUUUGAAAUGGUUAGUGUCUAGUUUAUUAGGUUAGUACAAUAGUGUGAUCUAGUUCGAACAGCUGUGACUUACAGGGUAUGUUUGUAUUCAAACUCUACUCUAACAUACAAAUUAUUAAUACACACCGUACAUUGGCGACCUCAGGUGAUUUUAUUUGGCUCCCCAAGUUUUCUGAAAAGACCGUAGAAACACCAGCAAAUCAGCUCCAACUGAUUUUAAUUUUAGAAGUCUGUUCCAAAGUAUUCCCACGCAUAAGAGAUAUGUGACCGUAUACAAAUGUAAACAAGGUUUGAAAUGAUUUGUUUUUGUCAAAUAUAUCUAUUUGGGCUUCUUUCAGUCAAUUUGCAGUCUACAAAUUAUUUUUAAGUAUGACCUGGCCCCCUGACCAUCCACUCAACCAAAAUAAAUCAGCCGCUGCUGAAUCUAGUUAAUGAUCCCUGAUGUAUGGACUAUCAUAUCUCAUGUACUAGGCACAUCAAUUAUUUUCAUAGGACAAUGUCACACAAUGUACAUAGAGGACCUUAAAGGCCAAGUAUACUCUAUACAUUUCUACCAUGAACCAUAGUUGAUACAAAUGGCACAUAUUUUGACGGUGGACACCUUGUAUUGUUUAUUUGGUAGUUUGUAAAUGUUUAUCAAUGAAAUAUUGUGGUAAAAUAAAUGAAAUUCCAUGAGUGAUUGUCAACCACUAAUAUUUUCUAAAUGUUUUUUUUAUAUGAUGCACUUGUACAUAUUAAAACCAUAAAUGUUGUUUUGAUAAUAAACCACUUAAUGUAUUGUUUGUCAAUAAAUGAACACUAUCGAGGUGA